AUGAUGAUAAUGGUAUUUCAAGUGGUCACGACCUUCACGACGACGACGAUGAUGAUGAUGAUAUCGGCGUUAGCUACUGGUGCUUACAAUGACGAUGCAUUGAUCACGCACUUGCCUGGUUUCGACUCUAAGACACUUUCAUUUAAGCAUUAUGCUGGUCAUAUUGAACUGGAGGAGAAGGAAAAACUAUUCUACUGGUAUACCGAGAGUCAGAGCAACCCAAAGAACGAUCCAAUUGUUUUGUGGCUGAAUGGUGGACCAGGCUGCUCGUCAUUGGGUGGACUCUUUACUGAGAAUGGACCAUUUGUUGUACAAGAUGACUUGUCCAUCAAGCUAAACCGAUACUCGUGGAACCGCAAGGUCAAUAUGGUGUGGCUUGAGUCUCCCGCUGGUGUGGGCUUCAGCGGUGACGUCAAAGGUCCCAAUUACUACAAUGACGAUGUCGUUGCUGCCAAAACCCGUGAAUUUCUUACUUUGUUCUUCAGCAAGUUUAGUGAGCUCAAGAACCGUGACUUCUACAUCACGGGCGAAAGUUAUGCCGGUAUGUACAUUCCAUACCUCGUUGACCUCAUGGUGGAGAAACCAGUUGAAGGUGUGAACCUUAGGGGCUUUGCGAUUGGUAAUCCAUUUACGGACAACAUCAUCGAUGGCAAUGCUUACAUCGACUAUUAUUACUCGCACGCGAUGGUUUCGCUUGAAGCCUAUGAGGAGAUCAAGGUGCGCUGUGGUGCACACAUUGGCUGCCUCUUUGACGAGACGCCCUGUCCUAGUAAAUGUGAAGAGCUUCUAGAGCAAGCUGAGGUGGGAGCAAAUACCGACGCGCUGGACCCGUACUUCAUCUACGGUGAUAAAUGCCUCUUGGAUAAUAAACAGGCAAAGGCUCUGCGCAAGAGGGCCAAACCAUUUGUACAGAUAUCACCCACCCAUCGCGGUGAUAUCGGUGCUUGCGCGGAUUCACUCACACACGCGUAUUUGAACCAGCGAAGUGUGCAAGAAUCCAUCCAUGUAACACAACCUGGUGGCAAAUACGUCCUCUGGCAGGGCUGCAGCGACCCAGUUGGGGGUGGUGACGCCGAUUCUGUCGUCAAUUUUAUCGGUACCGAGCGCUGGAUCGGUGGUCAGGGCCUCAAGUUGCAUAUUACAGAAAAAUGGCACGCUUGGUUUGGUCCGGACAAGCAGCUGGCUGGAUAUGAGCAGAAAUACGACGGACUGACUUUUAAGACUGUAAAGGGCGCUGGUCAUAUGGUACCUGCCGUUCAGCCGCUUCACGGUCUCAAUCUGUUUGAGUGUUUCGUGUACGGUCAGAACGCGUGCAACAAGUUUGUGUAUCCCAUCGAUGAUAACGAGAUUGAAGCGGGACUGACAGUGGUGCAGAACGUCAAUAAUGCUGCUAAUCCUUCCAACUCUGUUAAUGGCAAUGUCAGCUCGGAGGACGCGUCCAGUUUGUCAUUGAACUGGAUUUGGACGGGUGGAUUGAUUGUAGUGCUAGUGGUCAUUGCCAUCCGGAAUAUCCGCAAACGUGGCAUGUAUCAGCGUCUAUGCUCCAAUCGUUAUCAGGCCGUCGUGUAA